CGUCUACGUCAUCACGCUGAUAGGCGUGCUUGAGCUCAACCAAACGGCGCACGUUUGUUUUGCUGGUGAAUGACAGAGCGCUGCUGAAGUUGCUAAAAGUGAAGCAUCUCCGUCAAGAAUAAGCUCCACACUGUGCACGGACGAAGAACAGGGAUUAAGAGAAUGUCUUCCACUGAGCCCGUCAUCAAAUCGAAACAGACCGAGAAAGAAGUCAAUGGAAUUUCUACACAGGUCAUCUGUACACAGUUCAGCAAUUACAUAUUGGUAGUUCUAACUCAGUACGGCAAAAUGGGGACAUUGAUAUCUGUCACACCUGACUCCAGAUCUAAUGAUAUCAGCACCCCAACAUUCUCCACCAAAGUACUCCUGGGCAAAGACGAGGCUCUAACACACGUCUGUGCAAAAAACCUGGCAACUUGUGUGUCACAAGAAGCCGGAAACAGGCCUGUCUUACUUGGACUGGCACUCAAGGAUUCCUCCAUAGAUGCAAUAAAACAAAUGAAAGAGAUCAUCAAAAGUUGUCAAGUCUGGUAGGAAGUCAACAUGAUGGACAUGAAGCCUGGAGGCUUGCUGAAAACAGGCCUUCUGGAUGCCCCCAAUGCCACAUUUUUCUUCUGCAUUUCCUUUUAAACUGAAAGGAUUUUACUGUUUACUAAAUGCCAGUCUGUGAUUAAAAAAACCCCCAGAGGCUUGUGCUGCAAGACAGAAAUGUAUAAAUCCAAUUUCAUUGACUCUGAUCUUUUUGA